AAGGAAGUGAAUCCAGGGAGGGUGCAGACUCUGGAAAGGAUAUUAGAAGGGGAGGAUUUGCAAACAGAAAGUUUAAAACGAACUUUACAUCAAGAUCUGACGAAGUCACUCGAUUCAUCAGGACCUGAAUAUCAUCAACCUUUGAAUCUAGGAGGAGAAAGGUUUGUCUGUUCUGUCUGAUUUUAAACAACAUUUUGACCAGAAAAGAACCAAGACAUACACACACCCGAGUGAGAGUGUUCCAGUGCACUGACUUUGGAAAGAGCUUUAACCAGUGACACAGUAUGAAAAAAAAUCAUGAUUUGCAGUGAGGAGAGAAAUUAUACACAUUAUGUGUGUGGACGAGGCUUCAACUGAUCAUUGACCCUGAAGGGUCACAAGGACACCCGCACCAUGGAGAAACCGUGGAAAUGUGGGGACUGUGGGAAGGGAUUCAAAUCCCCAUCUGAACUGGAGAUUCAUCGACGCAGUCACACUGGAGAGAGGCCGUUCACCUGCUGUGUGUGUGGGAAGGGAUUCACUCAUUCAUCUACUCUACUGAGACACCAGCAAGUUCAUACUGGGGAGAGGCCGUUCUCCUGCUCGGAGUGUGGGAAGGGAUUCAGUGAUUCAUCCAACCUGCUGAGACACCAGCGAGUUCACACCGGGGAGAGGCCAUUUACCUGCCCCGAGUGUAGGAAGGGAUUCACUCAUUCAUCCGCUCUGCUGACACACCAGCGAGUUCACACCAGAGAGAGGCCGUUCUCCUGCUCCGAGUGUGGGAAAGGAUUCAGUGAUUCAUCCAGCCUCCUGAGGCAUCAGAGAGUUCACACUGGGGAAAGGCUGUUCACCUGCAUCGAUUGUGGGAAGGGAUUCAGUAAUUCAACCCACCUGCAGACACACCAGCGAGUUCACACCGGGGAGAGGCCGUUCACCUGCUCCGAGUGUGGGAUGGGAUUCACUGAUUCAUCCAAUCUGCUGAGGCACCAGAGAGUUCACACCGGGGAGAGGCCAUUCACCUGCUUCAAGUGUGGGAAAGGAUUCAGUAAUUCAUCCGACCUUAAAAAACACAAGCCAGUUCACACCGGGGAGAGACCCUUCACCUGUUCCGAGUGUGGGAAGGGAUUUACUGUUUCAUCAACCCUGCUGACGCACCAGCGAGUUCACACUGGGGAGAGGCCGUUCACCUGCUCCAUGUGUGGGAAGGGAUUCACUCAGUCAUCCAAUCUGCAGACACACAAGCGGGUUCACACUGGAGAGAGGCCAUUCACCUGCUCUGUGUGUGGGAAGGGAUUCACUCAUUUAUCCAGCCUGCUGAGACACCAGCGAGUUCUCUUCCCAUUGGCUAAUUUCUCAGGAAGAAGGGAAGGAGCGGGCUCUCUCCCGCACAUGCGCAGCUUCCCCUCUCCCGAGUUCUCCGAGCGGCUUUUCGCUCCGGCCGGAGCCGUCAGCCGGUUGCCUGGAAACCUUGGCUCGAGGAGGUGGAGGGGGCGGGGGAACAAUGGGUUGGGGCGGGGCUCCCGUGUCCGCGCGUCUGACCUGCAGCCUGGAACCCGAGGACGUCACCGCGGAGGUUUAAGGAAGGGUUCCAUGGUGGACGUCACAAAGCGAAAGUUGGACUAUGAGCUUCAGGCUAAAACUUCCUCCUCUGGGCAACAUCUGACGACCUGUGGGAAACUGAUCCCGGGUGUCUUCAGGGUGAGUUUGAAUGAUUUGAGUGGGAUGCCAAAAUCGUGGAACCUGGAGAGACACAAGGACACACACACCAUGGAGAAACCGUGGAAAUGUGGGGACUGUGGGAAGGGAUUCAAAACCCCAUCUGUGUUGGAAACUCAUCAGCACAGUUACACCAGGGUGAGGCCGUUCACCUGCUCUGAGUGUGGGAAGGGAUUCACUCAGUCACCUCACCUGCAGACACACCAGCAAGUUCACACUGGGGAGAGACCGUUCGCAUGUUCUGAAUGUGGGAAGGAAUUCAGGAAUACAUCCCACCUGCAGAGACACCAGCGAGUUCACACUGGGGAGAGACCAUUCACCUCCUCGGAGGACUGGCUCGCCUGUUCUGAAUGUGGGAAGAGAUUCAAUCGGUCUUGCGACCUGCUGGCACACCAGCGAGUUCACACUGGGGAGAGGCCGUUCAUCUGUUACGUGUGUGGGAAGGGAUUCACUCAGUCAUCCGACCUGCAGAAACACCAACAAAUUCACACUAGGGAGAGGCCGUUCACCUGUUCUGAGUGUGGGAAGGGAUUCAGUGAUCCAUCCAUCCUGCAGACACAUCAGCGAGUUCACACCGGGGAGAAGCCGUUCACAGGCUCUGAGUGUGGGAAGAGAUUCACUUGUUCAUCCGAGCUGCUGACACACCAUGACAGUCACACUGAUGAGAGACCUUUUAGAUGCUCUGACUGUGGCUUUCAAUUGUGUGAAUUGAGGUUAAGUAUAUACAGUAACCUAGAACUCACAGCGCUCCUUCAGGAGAAGAAAAGAUCGAGUCGAUGUUACCCCAGGCGGGGCCAGAACAGAACUGGAAAAUAAUGGAGUGAAAUUGAGUGAGUGGUCGGAGAGAGAGUUCUCUCCUCCUCAAGGUGUGGAUUGUAAGAAUCCUGGGGAACCCUCUACUUUGGGUUUUCUUGCUAUUUAGUGAACAUUUAAUUAAUAACUCUAUCUGGCUGUGCAUUGAUUGUUAUACUUCUGCUGUUUUUAUUCCUGUUGUGAUUGGACUUGGAGUUAGGAUGGUUGUCAGGUGACAGGAUGGGUAAUUGUGGUUUGGGUCUUCAUUGACCAAAUGUUUUAUUGACCCGAAAGGUGUAAAAGGGCCAAACUUCAGCAGAAAUCUGGCAGAGCUGAGAACAGCCGACUUGCUAUGUGAGAACAGGGAGAUGAACAGCUCCCAGAGGACAGAGAAAACAAAAGUGCCUUGAAUCCUAGACGACACCUGGGUGUCAAGGCUACCAUGCUUUCACUGCUUGACGUGGGAUUGCUGACUCCCUGUAACGGGGACGGAGCGUGGGAAGCCAAUUGUUUGAGAGUUUGACGGGCUUGGGCAGGUACAGAUGGUUCAAUGACAGGUUUUGGAAUUGGUCCAUUCAAACGUUAGCUCGGCAAUGAUUGGGUUAAAUCAGUCUCCAUAGACUUUGUGAUGUAAAAAAGUAUCAGAAGGGAUUCCCCGAGCACAGAGAUUUGUAGAGGUUUUACAUAUUGCAUUGACUGGUGCCAUGGCAUCUGGGGCAGACCAGGGAGCAUUUACAUGGAGAUGGUGCUUCUACCCAGAGUGUAAUGGUAAUGCUGCUGCACUUUGAUACUACUGCUCAGACAUGAGCAUGUGUCAGGUCUUAUUUCUACUGAAUAACAUCUAAUCGCUGUCACCAAUAAGGGUUAUCACUGUGAAUCAUUUCAGAGUUUGGGAAAGGGGCUGAAGGGUUAAUACAUACAAAUUAGGAGCAGGAGUAGGCCACUCAGCCUCUCGAGCCUGCCCCCCCAUUCAAUAAGAUCAUGUCUGACCUGAUUGCGGUCUCAAUCCACGUUCCUUCCUACACCCUACACCCUUUCACUCCCUUGUCAAUCAGGAAACUAUCAAACUCAGCUUUAAAACUAUUCAUUGACCUGGCCUCCACCGCUCUCUGGGGGAGUUCCACAGACUCGCAAUCCACUUCGAGAAAAAAAUUCUCAUCUCUGUCCUAAAUGGGAAACCCCCUUAUUUUUAAACUGUGUCCCCUAUGUCUAGUCUCUCCCACAAGGGGAAACAUCCUUUCAGCAUCCACCCUGUCAAGUCCCCUCAGGAUCUUAUAUGUUGCAAUGAGAUCACCUCUUAUUCUUCUGAAAGCACAGGAGUACGGCGUUGGAUCGAGGAUCAGGCAUAAUCAUGUUAAAUGACGGAGCAGGCUCGCAGGGCCGAAUGACCUUCUCCUGCUCCUAUGUUCUACGAAGACAAGCCUAAUCUGUCCAACCUUUCCUCCGAGGAUAACCCCCUCAUUCCAGAAAUCAGGCGAGUGAACCUUCUCUGAACUGCUGUGAAUGCAAUAAUGUCAUUU